CGGGGGCCGGUGUCAUGGCGGCGGCGGCGGCUCCCGGCUCGCCCCAACCCAACGGCCCCGCGCUGGAAACCAGCGGUGAUCUUGUGGUCUUGGAGGUGGCGAGCAGCGCCCUGCGCUCCCUGGCCGGGCUGGCGGGGCAGCUUAACCUUGGAGACGAUAUUGUGAAAGUUGUAAUCAACUGGAGCAAGCUUCAAAGCACAUCAGCCCUCCAGCCAACAUUGCUUUUUAGUGCACUUCAGCAGCAUGUUUUAUGUUUGCAGACAUCCACCAAAUCUUUGGUGUGAUAAAAAGAAAAUUUGCAAGAUAAAGCCCCUUUUAGAAAAGCUCCAGUCACUGAUUAAAGAGGAAAAUAUAGGCCAUGUUGAACCUGCAAGUAAAACAGAAAGUCGAAGUUGUGAAACAAUUUUAGAUGUUUAUGAUGGUAACUGUCAGACUGAAGAAAAGUGUCCAAGUUAUGACUUGGGAGAUCUGAAGGAUGCUCAUAUUAAUUUUGAUCCAGAGGUGGUGCAAAUAAAAGCUGGAAAAGCAGAAAUUGACAGGCGGAUAUCAGCCUUCAUCGAGAGGAAACAAGCUGAGAUCAAUGAAAAUAAUGUCAGGGAAUUUUGCAAUGUUAUUGAUUGUAAUCAAGAAAAUAGCUGUGCCAGAACAGAUGCAAUUUUCACACCCUAUCCUGGAUUUAAAAGCCAUAUAAAGGUAUCUAGGGUAGUAAAUACAUAUGGACCUCAGACUAGAUCUGAAGGAGCACGUGGGUCCAGUCACAAGGCCAGUGUACCUAUUCAUGAUUGUGGAAACCAAGCUGUUGAGGAAAGAUUGCAAAACAUUGAAGCACACUUACGGUUACAAACAGGUGGUCCUGUACCAAGAGACAUUUAUCAGAGAAUUAAGAAGCUUGAAGAUAAAAUCCUUGAGCUGGAAGGACUGUCUCCUGAAUAUUUUCAAUCUGUAAGCUGUUCUGGCAAGAGGAGAAAGGUGCAAUCUCCCCAUCAGAACUAUUCGUUGGCUGAACUUGAUAAAAAGAUCAAUGCUAUAAAACAGGCAUUACUGAGGAAAACAAAAGAAAACAAGUCCAAGGAGGCUGAGCAGCUUCUUCAGUAAAAAAAUGUCUCUUCAGAAUCCUCAUCAUGCUUGAUACAUGAGAAGUAGACCAUAGACCUGAGAAGUAUUCAUCGGGGAUGACUUCAGCAAUGAAAACAAAGCAUGCAUAUAAGUUCCUUUUGGAUGAUUUUGAAAGCUUGCUUUCAGAAGAACUCAUUUAAAAACAGUCUUAUUAAUGAAAACGUUACUUUAAAAUGAAGAAUGUUUUAGGAAUAGGAUUCUAAUAAUCCAUUCCCUUCUGUUAUAAAGGAUUUCAGCAUUGUUCGUAUCUGGAAAAUCAGCCUGCAUACAAAAGCUACAUUCCACAUGUAUUUCUUGAUGGUUGAGUAUUUGAAAGGGCUGUCUUUUGAAUACUUUUCAUGUGAGUAGUUUGCAUUGAGUUGUGAAAUAAAAUUAAAUACUUGCUCAUAAGUAAACUCUCUUAGAAAAAAAAAAAGAAAAAACUUGCAGUAUGCAUGCUUACCUGCAUUUUUUUCUGUAUUUUUUGCUGUUUUCACAGCUGUUAGAAUUGUAGCAAAUUGCAUUUCUGUUUGAAAGAUAGUAGUGAAAGUCUUAUAUGUGUAAAUAGAGAUACCUGUUCUUCCCUUGAUCAGUGUCCUGUAGGAAUUCAAAUUUCAUACCCUGCUAAAAAAUGUAAUAUAUUGUAAAGACUACUCCAGGGGAGGUUUUUAGUAGCAUGCCAGUAGGCAUCAGCUUUCUUUCUUUCUUU